AUGGCACGCAGGUCUACAAGGGUCACUCUCUCUGAGGGUAAGCACCUCAUGGGCAGAAGCUGGAGUCUCGGGGCUUGUGACACCUUCCAGGACCGAGGCUUUGUGAACCGGGUGAACUCCAUCCGAGUGGAGAGCGGAGCCUGGGUCUGCCUCACCCUCCCCAACUGCUGGGCCAGUGGUUCGUCCCGGAGCCGCGACCACCCCAAUUUCUUCCGGUGGAAUGGCCACGGUGACCACGGCUCCUGUCGGCCUGUGGGAAUGGCCGGGGAGCACUUUCGCCUGGAAAUCUUCGAGGGCUGCACCUUCGGGCAGCGCCUGGAGCUCCGGGAGGGCUGUCCUCCUGCGGAAUCGGAGUCGGGCUGGGCCAAGAUGCGUGUCAAUGCCACCAAGGUGUCCGGGGGGGUGGCGGGGGGAGCGUGGAGUGCUGAUGCUCCUGGGUGA